AUGAGCGGCUACUCGAGGGCAGGGGUGGGGGUAGGAGGUGGAGGCGGCGGUGGCGGCGGCGGCGGCGGCGGCGGCGGUGGCGGUGGUGGCGGCGCCAACAGCAAUCGAGGGGCAUCUGCCUCCCGUGGCCCAGGAGGCGCCCUUCAGGGUGCCCACAUGGCUGGUACUGUGGCAACGGUGGCGGCUGCGGGAGGACAACAGUCGAAGUCGGUGGCGGUGUUCAGGAGCCUUGAGCUAUGCGACCUCCUCAAGCUCGAGAUCGGAAACAUCACCUCGGAAAUGGGGCAACACCUAGAGGAGCGCGAAGAGUACGAGAAGAAGUUCCGGCAACAGCUCGCCGAAAUGGACCGGAUACAGCACAGCUUGAAGCAGCUACAGGAGGCGCACAUGGUGAUGAAGCAGCAGUACGAGGACGAGAUAGUCAGGCUUCGCCACCAGCUUGAAUCCUCUCACCCGCUCAAGAGCGACCCAGAUAGUCGUGGGGGGGGAGCGGGAAGCUCGGUACAGGGCGUGAGCGGUGGCAUGAGCAUGGGCUCCACCGGCCCGAGCCAGUCCCACAGUAGCGGCCCCCCGCACAAGGGCCUGGGAGGCAUGCCGGUAGGGGGUCCGCACGGCCUGGGGUCCCCUCGGAAGCAGCCUGGCCAGCUUGAGCCAGGGGCGGCGAGCCUUCGUGGGCCUAUGUUGACGGCGCCGGGGGCGCAGCUGGUGGGAGGGGGUGGUAUGGGUGCGGGGUCAGGGGUCGUGCUGCCCGGGAUGGCGAUGCGAGGGCGGGGCCACGGCGAGGAUGACUACGGGGGCGGGAGGGGCCAAGGGCCAAAUGGGCAGACGCUGGAGCCUCUGAGCAAGCGACCAAGGCUGGCAGACCUACAGGGACCCCCCGGUCCCUUGCCGCCGCACGUGCUCCACCCCCCACACGGCUUCAGCCAAUCGCAACACCAGCAGCACCCACAGCAGCACCAGCAACACCCGCCGCCGCACCACAAGGGCGGGUUCUUUGGAGGACGCCCGGGAGCACCCCCCGCCGCCGUUGCCGGCGGGGGGGGCGGAGGCGGAGGCGGCGGUGAUAACGGUGGUCGCCGUCCAGGUGGGCCGGAAGGGCAGUACAGAUGGCCCGGCGGUUCGGGUCCAGGAGGGGGUGGGGGCGGUGGUGACAGCGGCGGUGCCGGCGGCGGGGGUGGCGCCGGGGUCCCUGCGAUGGGCCCGGGAAAACAGAGGCAACUUGGCCCGGGGGGGGGGGGCGCUCCGCCGAGGGAGUUAUCCUCGUCCACGGGGAAGGGGGGUGGCGCUGGCGGCGGCGGCGGUGGGAAUGGGAACGGAAUGGUAGAAAUUCCGGAUGCUAUCCCGGCGGAGCUUAGCUACCAAGUGAGGUACGAGGCGGAGGAAGGGGAGGGGGGGCGAGCGGCGGCUGCCAAGGAUGGGCUUGCUGUGGAGUUGGCCAAGUCUCAGGAUUUGAGGAGCGUGGUGUGCUGCGUGAGGUUCAGCACCGACGGCACGAAGAUCGCGGCAGGGAGCCACUCGUGCGUCAAGGUCUUCGACGUCAACUCCUUCAAACAGCUUUACGUCUGCCGCAAGCAAGUGCAGGAGGAGCAGGGGGCACCGCAGACGGCAGAUGGUGGGGACCCCUACGUCCGCGCGGUGUGCUUCAGCCCGGACGGGCUGUCAAUUGUCGCGGGUAUGGAGAAGAACAGCGCCAAGGUGCUGGUGCUAGAGGAAGAAGGGGGUCGGCAGGGGGCGAUAACGCUGUCUGGACACGAGAGCGAGGUGUAUUCGCUGGAUUGGGUUUCCGAUAUGAUCGCCUCGGGGAGCGGGGACGGGCGAAUCCGUCUGUGGGACUCUGUCACGGGAGCCUGCAAGGCAUCUCUGGGAGAUAUGGGGGGCCCGCAGGAUGGAGUGACUUCGGUCGUUCUCAGACAGGAUACAACGAUGGUAGCGGCUGCCUCGAUAGACAGAGUGGUCCACGUCUGGUCGACCCAGACGCACAAGAUUCUCCACCGUCUUGACGGUCACUCGGAGUCCGUCUACGCCAUCACCUUCUCGGCGGACGGAAACAGGCUGGUUUCGGGAGGGCUGGACAAGACCAUCAAGGCGAGUGCCGAAAUGGUGUGGGACCUAGGACCCGGUUCGGAGGGGAGGCUGUCUCCUCAGGCCAAAACGCUCCCCGGUGGGCACAAGGACUAUGUGCUUUCGGUGUGCUUCUCGCAGGACGGCAAGUACAUCAUCUCGGGAUCCAAGGACAGAUCGGUCACCAUGUGGGAUGCCAGGCUGAUGAAGCGGGUCGCCACGAUCACGGGGUUCAAGAACUCGGUCAUCGGGGUCUCGGCCUCCCCGUUCAACAGCAUGUUCGCUACUGGCAGCGGGGAUAAUCUCGUUUGCGUGUGGAACUACGGCGACCGUGACGACUAUCGUCGCCAGUCGGAGAGCGCAGUCGCCCCCGCCUCCUCGGGCCGUUCGUCGUCUGCGGAGAAGCCGAGGCCCCCCAGCAGGUCGUCCCGGUCCGCGUCCCCCCCUAUCUCUAACGCGUCGUCCCUGAGGAAAGACGACCGCGCUUCUUCUCCUUCUCCCCCGCGAGCGUCGCCGGGUAGAGGGGGUAGGGGGGGGGAUGGGGAUGGCGGAAGCAGCAGGGGCAGGGGGGGGGUCGGGCUUGUAGAGAAGGGACGAGGCGGCUCGGCGGGGGCGGGGGCGGGGGCGACCAAUGGGAAGGGGAGGACGUCGCCGUCGUCGGACGAGCGGGAGGGAAGGACGGCGGCGGGCUCCGAGGAAAGGAAGAGAAGCGGUAGCAAGGAGUCGAGCAGAACGGGUCCCCGCGGAGGAGGGGGAGGGCAUGACUCGGACAGAAAACAGCAGCGGCACGAGUCGAAGCACAGACAGGGACGCGCAGGUUCGCCCUCGGACGGACGGCGCAGCAGCAGCAACAGCAAAGAACGGAGCAGCGGUAGAGGUGGUGGCGUGGAGCCGAUGGAUGAAGACGACGAUACGGAGGAGGAGAAGCAAGGGGAGGAAGCGGAGGGAGGUGGGGUGGCGGCGGUUGCGGCUUGGCCACACCUGGUGGCUGCGCUUCCAACUGCGGUAAAUUUUGGGCGCGCGAAUACGGCAGCGGGUAUGGUCCGCCUGCCUGGGCAUUCUCUCCGCCAAGCCGCCGCCGUCGUCAUGCGAUGACACGUGUGCCUGGUAGUAAAUACUCCGAUUGUGCCGGCCGGCCGACGGUAUCGCUGUGCGGAGUGGUGGUGGGCGGAUCAAAGCACGAAACGUUCGGCUUGAUGCGCAUGCUAGGCGUCAAGCGUGAUCCGGAUACUCCACUGCUGUCGAACUGGAAUUCCAUGUAAUUUUUGACACCAACCGGGGACGACUUGACCCCUGUUGGCCGGACGCAGUGAGUGACGAGUUCAGCGGGUCGUUGUAGAUGUGUGUGCGAGGGCGCCUUUGUAUCGUGUAUUAUUUUUCCAGCUCCAGCAGCAGCGCCGGGAGCAUCAGCAGCACAGCAGUGUCACUUUGUAUAAUGUUGCGGUGUGCCGUGUCGACUUUGUCCUAUGUUUUCUUUGUUCGUACAUGUAUCGGUAGCAAGGUGUUUGUCCUGUUUGGUAUCAUAAAUUGGUGUAUGUUGUGGUUGUGGGGGUGGUGCACGGCACUUUUCGUCUUGCUUAAGUGCCACAAGGCAUUGCAGUGGCAGUGGGGACGGCUAUUUAUUGCUAUAUUGCGGUAGUCGUAGUUAAUGCCGGUGACCAAUGGUUGCGUUGGUUGUUCUCGUCCUGUCUCGGGCGCAUUUUCACGUUCUUUUACUCUGAUUUGCGGUGGUUUUAAGUCUCCGAGUAACUUAUUUCGUUUUGCAAUCGCCGAACAAGUUUGCUUUGGCGUCGGUUUGUUAGAGGCGCUGGUGGGCGUAGCAUCCUGUCGUGUGCGUGGACAAUUGUAUCGUCCCCACUUAUGCCCCCCUCCCUAGUGGUGAUCGUGAUUCUGGUUUUCUUUUUGUGCUUACGCAACACACUGGCAUCUGUUGCUUCUGCCGUGCUUCGUGUCGUGCGAUUUAAAACGAACUGCGGCGGGUUUUAAACCUUUGUGCUGGUCGAGUGUUGUCUUGUUUUUUGCAGAGGUGGCGAGGUGGAGGAGGGCUUGGGAUUCGCGGGGCGCACCGCCGUGCUGUGGAAUUUUUGGUUUUUCACCAAUCUUUUUUUCUUUUCUUUUUUGAAAAUAUUGAAAAUAUACAUACGGUCACUGAAAAGACUAUAAUAGCCGUUCGAGACAAAAUACCACAGAUAGUCGAAAGGGAAGAACCCCUCUUGCAUUGGAUUUUGUUUUGUUUUCUUGUUUGGUGUACGGUGGUGGUGGAAGCCAUCACGCAGCGAACGUGCGGUGUAACUGGCAGAUCUCACCUAUAUUUGUUCUUUUUUCCUUUUCGUUUUUUUUUCUGGGGGGGGGGCUUCUC